UUUCACAUUUAUAGUAUAAAGUUGAUACCUUUUAUUGAUUCUUGAAAACAGUGCCUGUAGUCUUAAUUCCAAUAAUGGCGGCUCGUGUAUAUCUCUCUCGUUCUGUUCAUCUACUAUCAAAGGGAAAAAGAUCCCAUCUUGGCAGAAUAGCUGCUUAUAAAUACAGCACAGCGGCUGCUGUCGAGGAACCCAUCAAGCCUACUGUCGAUGUGGAUCAUACUAAACUUUUUAUCAACGGGAAAUUUGUUGAUGCUGCAUCAGGAAAAACUUUUCCAACCCUCGACCCCAGGACAGGGGAGGUAAUUGCACAUAUUGCUGAAGGUGAUGCAGAAGAUAUUAAUCGGGCAGUUGCUGCUGCUCGUAAGGCUUUUGAUGAAGGACCAUGGCCUAAAAUGACUGCUUAUGAAAGGACAAAGAUAUUGCUGCGCUUUGCUGAUCUGAUUGAAAAACAUAAUGAUCAAAUUGCAACGCUCGAAACUUGGGACACUGGGAAGCCUUAUGAACAAGCUGCUAAAGUUGAAGUACCAAUGGUUGUACGUGUACUCCGUUAUUAUGCUGGCUGGGCAGAUAAAAUUCAUGGUAUGACCAUUCCUGCCGAUGGACCAUAUCAUGUUCAAACGUUGCAUGAACCGAUUGGGGUUGCUGGUCAGAUUAUCCCAUGGAAUUUUCCCCUCCUCCUGCUUUCAUGGAAGAUUGGCCCUGCUUUAGCUUGUGGCAACACAAUCGUGCUAAAGACGGCUGAGCAGACCCCAUUAUCUGCAUUAUAUGUAGCAAGUCUAUUGCAGGAGGCUGGGCUACCUGAAGGUGUUCUGAAUAUCAUUUCUGGUUUUGGCGCCAGUGCUGGUGCUUCUCUCUGUAGUCAUAUGGAUGUGGAUAAGCUUGCUUUUACUGGAUCAACAGCGACCGGGAAAACCAUACUUGAAUUGGCUGCUAAGAGCAAUCUUAAGCCUGUGACAUUGGAACUUGGAGGGAAAUCCCCUUUUAUUGUUUGUGAGGAUGCUAAUAUUGAUACGGCCGUUGAACAAGCUCACUUGGCUCUCUUCUUUAAUCAGGGCCAAUGCUGCUGUGCUGGCUCUCGGACCUAUGUUCACGAGAAAGUCUAUGAUGAAUUUCUGGAGAAGGCAAAGGCACGUGCCUUGAAACGAAUAGUUGGUGAUCCGUUUAAAUCAGGCACUGAGCAGGGUCCUCAGAUUGAUUCAAAACAGUUUGAUAAGAUCAUGAAGUACAUUAGAUCUGGUGUCGAUGGUGGAGCUACUCUUGAAACUGGCGGUGAGCAAUUUGGUAAAAAAGGCUACUAUAUUAAGCCCACAGUUUUCUCUAACGUUAAGGAUGAUAUGCUGAUUGCACAGGAUGAAAUUUUUGGUCCAGUGCAGUCCAUCUUAAAAUUUAAGGAUCUUGAUGAAGUGAUACGGAGAGCUAAUAAUACUCGGUAUGGUCUAGCUGCUGGAGUAUUUUCGCAGAACAUUGACACUGCAAACACCUUGGCACGAGCCUUGAGAGUUGGGACGGUAUGGAUUAAUUGCUUUGAUAGGUUUGAUGCUACAAUUCCUUUUGGUGGCUAUAAAAUGAGUGGUCAGGGAAGAGAAAAGGGAGAAUAUGGUCUCAGGAAUUACUUGCAAGUGAAGGCAGUUGUGACCCCAUUGAAGAAUCCAGCAUGGUUAUAAACAUAAGGAAAAUCCUCCUAUGCAAUUUUUACAAAUAAAACUAAACUAUCAAGUUGCUCUAUUUUAUGAUGUUCAUGACGAUAUAUGUUGGUUUUCUUUCAAAAACUGCUUUAUAUACAAACUGCAUUUGAUGUAAACAGGCAACAAGUUUUAUUAAAUCCGUUGUCAGCGUCA